UUAAUGCAAGCCCUCUACCUCAACACACAAAUCCCAUCCAUAAAGCUUCGUUUCCUGGGAAAAUCCCCCUACAAUCAGUUUUUUUUAUUGUUUCCCGUAUUUUUCUGAUCCCCUAAACACCCAAAAAAUGGCUCUAGAAUGGGUUGUGCUUGGCUACGCGGCAGCCGCAGAGGCCGUAAUGCUUCUCCUGUUGACCCUCCCAGGACUCGACCCUCUUCGCAAGGGUCUUCUCUCCGUCACCAAAGCCCUUCUCAGACCUUUCCUCUCGAUUGUCCCGUUCUGCAUGUUCUUGCUCUUGGAUAUCUACUGGAAGUACGAGACGAGACCUACGUGCAAUUCUCCCGGCGCCUGCACUCCUUCGGAGUCUCUUCGGCACCAAAAAUCCAUCAUGAAGAGCCAGAGGAAUGGGACCUUGAUUGCUUCGGCGUUGUUGUUCUACUGGGUUUUGUACUCGGUGACGAAUCUCGUUGGUCGGGUCGAGGAGUUGAAGUAUAGAGUCCAGAAGUUGAAGGAUUACAAGUAAAGGGAAUCCCAUUUGGAGCUGUAUAUCGUCUGGUUGUUGGGGAAAGAUGGAAUUUUUAUGAGGUCUAUGUAAUAAAUAUUAGAUUUUUUUUUUUUUUUU